UUAACAAUUAAUUAAUUAAAUUAUUCUAACUCUUCAGCAUUUAAAUCAUCAGAUGUAUCUACAAUAUUUAGACAAGUUCGUACGUUGAAAAAAAUAUCGGCUUAGCAGUGUUAUCGACUAAUCGGACAUCGUCUUGGCGAGAUUGGACUGUACGAUUAAUCCUCUCCAAUGGUCCCGGAAAAAGGGCCGGGCCCCCCAAGAUAUCUUAUACAGGGAACCCCCUACUACCAACAAACAACCAAGUAAGAAACAACCAAGCAACAUCAUGUCGUGGAUCAUGGAUAAGGACCAGCAUGAGUCCCGGCUCAACCACCUACUGCAGACAGGAGCCUUUCGGGACGCGAAGCUCCCACUAGGCCAGAGUCGCCGCCAGUUCGCCCAUAGGGCUCUAAAGCGGUGGUAUAAGUUCAAUGAGGGCUGCGACAUCAUCACUGCCGAGCGGACCUGGCGCCAGCUUAAGGCUGAUAUGAAGGGCUAUGACCUGCCAGCCCCCGACCCUAAGGCCUUGGUUUCCUACCACUCCAUCCCCUCGACCCCCCAGACGCACCUCGUCCUCGACCCCCACGGACGCAUCCUAGCCUACAAGUUCCGCGUCCCCCUCAACCUCAUCGCUACCCUAGCCAGCUCGAGCGAGCAGCUACCCCCAAAGAGCGUACAGUGCCAGAGGCGCGGCCACUUCGAGUGCUCCCACUUCGCCCUAUGGGCCGACUCCUCCCCGGACCUCAUGAUGAGUAGCGAGUACCAGAAGCAGCUGCCCCAUAGCGAGGCCUUCCUCCAGGCUAACGACAAGCUGUACCGCUGGCUAGGCCACCAGCUACGCCUCCUCAGCCCCGAGCUCUACUGCCUCUACAGCCGCGUCGACCGCCACCUCGGCCCUAGCCAGCACCGGCUCGGGGGCGCAUGGCACGGCACCGUCGUCAACCGGCAGAUCGGUAGCUCUGAGGACCUGCGCGCCCACAAGGAGUGGAAGGACUGGCCGAAGGGCCUUAAUGCUGUUGUCUUCUGGGGGGACUACACUGGGGGCGGCCUUGUCGCCUACAACCUCGGCCUCUUCUGAGAAUUCACUCCACAACUGAAAACUUCGCUCCAACCCCGGAAAGCUCCCCACACCCCUGAAGCCCCACUCGAGCUGCAAGGCGCACUUGAUAUCAUAACAGGUAGAGCAUAAAGUGCAAGUAGUAUAGCGGCGACCUAGCUGAUUAGUACGGAAGAGCGACGGGUCCUGGUAUAAACAGCAGUGCACACACCGAAUAGCAGGUGACGAACUCAUUAGACCCUUAAACCAAGUAGCACUAUGGAAAUAUAGCAGUUACAGAAGUUAUGGAUUACUAUAGAUUACAGAUUACGGACAGGGGUAUUACGGAUAGGGGUAUAACGGUAAUAACCCUAAGGAAAACUCAGCACACAAAGCAUUACGAAGCCUUACGGACCGUAGGUCUAAAGCAGUAAUGUAGACGCUAAACCUAGGGUAGUAAUAGGUGGGUCGUAAACCUAAGCCAGCCAAUCCCGAAUUACGCCAAUUGACAGCCAAUCAUUCGGGCCUCGCCUAUAUAAUGUCAUAUAGUUAAGAUUCUAGGGUUGCAAGAGC